GCGUCCGGGAUCCAGCGGCGCUCGGGGGUCUCUCUGAAACGCCACAGGCUGAGGCUUGACGGAGCUGGAAUGACGGGCGAUGGAGCUCAGGUUCGAGCGCUCGGCCUCCCCAAGGAGGACAGCAGAGAGGAGAAAGGCUGGGGAAACGCUUUUGCCGAACUCGAAUCCGUGGAUUUGCCUUUAGGAACGACAUUAAGAUCUGUGUAUGAUGACCAACCCAAUGCACACAAGAGGUUUAUGGAGAAACUUGAUGCCCGAAUACGAAACCAUGAUCGAGAGAUUGAAAAGAUGUGCAAUUUCCACCAUCAGGGUUUUGUAGAUGCCAUCACAGAGCUGCUCAAAGUCAGGGCUGAUGCAGAGAAGUUAAUGGGCCAAGUUACUGAUACGAACCGAAGACUGCAAGAGGCCGGGAAAGAGGUGACGGCCCAAAUGGAGGAGGUCAUCCGCUGCCGGGUUCAGCAGAGGAACAUGGUCACCACCGUGGAGAAGCUGCAGCUGUGCAUCCCCGUUCUGGAAAUGUACAGCAAAUUGAAGGAGCAGCUGGACUCUAAAAGGUACUAUGCUGCCUUGAAGACAAUGGAGCAGCUUCAAAACAUUUAUAUUCCUCGGGUCAGCCAGUACCGUUUCUGUCAGAUUAUGGCGGAAAACCUGCCCAAACUACGGGAAGAAAUUAAAGAGAUUUCCAUGUCAGACCUGAAAGACUUUCUGGAGAGUAUCCGCAAGCACUCAGAUAAGAUUGGCCAAACAGCCAUGAAACAGGCUCAGCAGCACCGAACCUUCAACAGUGCUGUUCAGAAACAGGCGAGUGUGGGUCUCGCUAAGCCACUGUACUCACUUGACAGUAGGAUAGGCAUCCGACAAAAUGAACUUGCUGCUGAGGAGCGAGGUGAUGAGGAUGACGCAGAUGAUGAGGUUUUAACAGCUCCAGAUUUGGUUGAUUUCUCUCCUGUGUACCGCUGUCUUCACAUCUAUUCUGUUUUGGGUGACAGAGAAACAUUUGAGAACUACUACAGGAAGCAAAGGAAAAAACAAGCAAGACUUGUGCUGCAGCCACAGUCCAGCAUGCACGAGACCGUUGAAGGAUACAGAAAAUACUUCAAUCAGAUUGUUGGAUUUUUUGUAGUGGAGGACCACAUAUUGCAUGCAACACAGGGUCUGGUGACCAGAGCUUUCACUGAUGAGCUGUGGAAUAUGGCCCUGUCGAAGAUCAUCGCUGUGCUGCGCACCCACUCGUCAUACUGCAAUGAUCCUGACCUUGUCUUAGAGCUGAAGAACUUAAUUGUCAUUUUUGCAGACACUUUGCAGGUCUAUGGAUUUCCUGUGAACAGGCUCUUUGACCUUCUGUUUGAGAUAAGGGAUCAGUACAAUGAAACAUUGUUGAAGAAAUGGGCUCUAGUGUUCAGGGACAUAUUUGAGCAGGACAACUAUAGCCCCAUCCCCGUGGAGAGUGAAGAAGAGUACAAAUCUGUCAUCAGCAGGUUUCCAUUCCAUGAUGCAGAGAUUGAAAAGCAACCAUUUCCAAAGAAGCUUCCAAUGUCACAGUCAGUGCCUCAAAUCUACACUCAGGUGAAGGAAUUCAUUUAUGCCAGCCUGAAGUUCUCAGAGUCUCUUCAUCGCAGUUCAACAGAGAUUGAUGACAUGUUACGGAAGUCCACCAACCUGUUAUUGACAAGAACCCUGAGCAGCUGCUUGCAGAACCUUAUCAAGAAACCUCAUAUAGGCCUGACAGAGCUGGUACAGAUCAUCAUAAACACCACUCACCUGGAACAAGCCUGCAGGUACCUGGAAGACUUUAUCACAAACAUCACUAAUGUCUCCCCAGAGACCAUCCACACCACAAGACUUUAUGGGCUCUCCACAUUUAAGGAUGCCAGACAUGCAGCAGAGGGAGAGAUCUACACUAAACUGAACCAGAAGAUUGACGAGUUCAUCCAGCUGGCUGACUAUGAGUGGAGCAUGUCAGAGUCCGAUGGACGAGCUAGUGGAUAUCUGAUGGACCUUAUUAACUUCCUUCGCAGCACCUUCCAGGUCUUCACACACCUUCCGAAUAACAACAAUGAUCAUGCUGCGAUGUCGGGGAAGGUGGCUCAGACAGCCUGCAUGUCGGCCUGCAAACACUUGUCCACAUCCCUGAUGCAGAUGCUGCUGGACAAUGAGCUGAAGCAGAUAAGCAUGGGCGCCAUCCAGCAGUUCAACUUGGAUGUUAUUCAGUGUGAACUUUUUGCAAGCUCCGAGCCUGUGCCUGGUUUCCAAGGGGAUACACUGCAGCUGGCAUUUAUUGACCUUCGACAGCUCCUGGACCUUUUCAUGGUGUGGGACUGGUCCACCUAUCUGGCCGACUAUGGACAGCCAAACUCCAAGUAUUUGAGGGUCAAUCCUUCGACCGCACUUGCGCUUUUGGAAAAAGUCUACCGGGGAAUGAAGGACACAAGUAAAAAGAACAACAUUUUCUCCCAGUUUCGAAAGAAUGACCGCGACAAACAGAAACUCAUCGAAACCGUGGUAAAGCAGCUGAGAAGUCUGGUCAACGGAAUGUCACAGCAUCCCUAGUCUUCAUUAGCCUGCUGACCACUUCAUUUAUGCAUUUCACUCUAGAAAGGUUACCUUUGAUCUGUAAAAGACUGGUUAUAUUGUGUACAUAGGGAAAAUAGGUUUCAUGAACACUUAUACAAAUGAGCAGUAAAAUUUUUUUUAAACGUAUUUUUAAUGGCUGAAAAAUAUGUUUUGUAUAUUGUGAAUGUGCAAUGAUUGUAACGCCACAAAGGCUGAUGUUUUCAGAUCAGUGGGAAUGUACUGCCCAGACAACAGGCUGGAUAAUGAUGUCUAACAAUGAGGCUGAUGUUCAAAGAGAUUCCUGAAUAAUGCAAUAUACCAGUGGAGUUUGUACUGUAAAUACAUGUAAACCUAUUUAACACUACAGUACCCCUCAUCCCCUAGUCUUGACUGAAUUGGAAUGGAGUUUGAUUAGCAAACAUUUUCAUAAAAGGACCUUUCAUGAUUCUGUUCAUUUGAAAAAAAAUAAUAAUUUGCUACUAAUUUUACAUGUUUCCUUUUUCAUGGGAAAUUAUGUACUUUUGAAAAAAUAGAAUUUCAGUUUGAUAAUUUACAGGAAAAAUAGUUGCAUCGAAAAAGCUUUUUCUGAUUUUUACUUUUUUUCUCAGGGUGUCAGCUUUUGGGUUCAGCGGCUUUACAGUUUCAUGGUAAAAUAUAAAAAGCAAUAACUGGUUAUUUUUCCAUGUCAUGCAGAAAUUCUAACAAUAUGAAGACUUAAUGGUUCAUAAUUGGGUUUUGUCUUUUUGGUCUGCACUGAAGGUUUAAUUUUUUUUUAUAGACUAUGUUGAAUAUUUACAGGCUGCACAUUUUAUUUAAAAAAAAAAAAAGAAAUGCAACAGCAAUGGACUAUUCUGCUGCUACAAAAAUGAGGGGUUCACUCAUACAUUUCUUUAAUCUUGUAAAGUAAUUACAUAAAAGUGUGAUAAAAUUUCAGUUAUCUGCUGAAGGAAGAAAGAUACAUUUCAGUGUUCAGUCAAAGUCAUUUCUUUGUCCUUUUGUAAGCGGAAGGAACAUUUCAUUUGAGCUGGCAUUUGUUUGUGAAAAGUUUCAUCUGUGAAAGUUCUCAGAAGAGUCUGCUGUAAGUAAACUGUUGAAUUUGUUCCUUUGUUUUUAAUUUAUGUAAAGUGUCCCCCCCAAUACCCUAAAGUGCUCUCAUCGAGUAAUGUGACAAAAUGGACCCUUUUAACACCAGACUUUUGAGCAUAAACAUGUUUGUAAAAAUUCUGUAUGACGACUUUCAGCAGAGCAAAAAAAUGAAGUUGUCAGUUGCACUUUUCAUACUGUAUAUAUUUGCUUUUUGGUGUUUGCAAUAAAUCUACAUCCCUUUUGCUUUCCUUAGAUGUUAUUUAAAUGUAAGGAAAUGAAAUUUUAUGUAAAUAAAUAUGGA